AAAGUCCUUCUCCGCGCAAAAAGCGGCUUCCUUCCCUCCGAACCGCGCCUCUCGCCUUCUCCGCACAGCCCGCUGGACCAAUGGUGGGACGGGGUGGGCGGAGCCCGGCGAGCCUCCCGGGCGGAGAAAUUGGAAGGAGCGAAGUUGCAAACGCUCCGGAGAGAAGAGCGAGGAAGCGCCGCGCAAGGAGGGAAGCGGCGCACGGUUGGAGCGGGAAGAAGAAGGGCUGAGUUGGGGCAUCCUGCGCAUCCCCCGGUCCGUCCGUCCCCGGUUAGUUUCCCAGCUCCUCUCCUAUGGGGAGUCCCGAAUGAGAUGUAUCGCUGUGGCUUCUGCUGCCAAAGCCGCCGCCGCGCUGUGAUCGGACCGCCGGAGGAGAUAGUGGCGGAGUCGCCGUCGCUUGUCGACGUCGGGAAAAGCGCCUUUCGAAACCCGCGGGCGAUCGGGUCCCACGAAACUUUCGGAUCGGGGUGGCUUCCGCGAAACUCCGGGAAGAAAGACAAUCUCUGGGACGUUGGUCUGCUGGUAAGAUAGAUGUCCUGGCUCCGGCAUCUGAAAAACGAAGGAAAAAAACAAAACCCGCUACUUUUCCCCACAGAAGGCGAGUGGGAAGCCCUGCUGUGACCAAAAAGAGUUCCGAUUUGUUUUGAAACUGAAGAGGAGAAGGUUCAAACGACCCCAAGCAUCAGGCAGGAAACCCACCCGCAAAUCUCUUUAUCUUAUUCUGACCUGCAGAGUUAUUUUUGAGGAAUUGGGGUUACUGUCUUUUCCCCGCCGUCCUAAAAUAAGAAGAACUCCCCAACUCGUUUCCAUCUCUUCUUCUCUUCUCCCUCUGAAAUGCAGGGUUUUUUCUUUCCCUUAGGUUGGCCGCCUUCUUGUUUCCCUUCCUCUCUGAACUGAACUUUAGUACCCUUAACCCUUGUAGUUUAUUCAGGUCUCCUCCACACUUUCUUGCUUGGUCUCCUCGGGGUUUUUUUGCCAUGGCGUUGAACCCCACCAUGCUCCCCGCUGCUACCAACAGCUCUUCUAAUGGGACAGGUGGGCUGCCGGAGAGCAGCAAACCCUUGACCAUCCCCAUGGUCAUGUUCAUUUUUGGAGUGGUGGGGAACCUCAUAGCCAUCGUGGUUCUUUGCAAGUCUAGGAAGGAGCAGAAAGAGACCACCUUCUACACGCUGGUCUGUGGAUUGGCCGUCACCGACCUCUUGGGGACUUGCCUGGUCAGUCCGGUGACUAUUGCUACGUAUCUGAAACAAGAAUGGCCUGGUGGCCAACCGCUGUGUGAAUACAGCAGCUUCAUCCUCCUCUUCUUUGGACUGUCUGGACUCAGCAUUAUUUGCGCCAUGUCCAUAGAGAGGUACCUGGCCAUCAACCAUGCCUACUUCUACAGCCAUUACGUGGAUAAGAAACUGGCGGCGCUCACUCUAUUCGCAAUCUACGUUUCCAAUGUCCUCUUCUGUGCCAUGCCAAACAUGGGUUUGGGGAAGACAACGCUCCAGUACCCGAACACCUGGUGCUUCAUAGACUGGCAGACAAAUAUAUCCAGCCAUGCUGCUUUCUCAUACAUGUAUGCUGGCUUCAGCUCCUUCCUCAUUAUGGUCACGGUAGUCUCCAACAUCUUGGUGUGCAUGGCCCUGAUCCGCAUGCACCGGCAAUUUAUGCGUCGCACUUCCCUGGGGACAGACCACGCCACUAACCGCCUGUCAGACUUUCGCCGGCGCAGGAGCUUCCGGCGCAUGGCCGGCGCAGAAAUCCAGAUGGUCAUCUUGCUCAUUGCCACUUCCUUGGUUGUAGUGAUUUGUUCCAUUCCUCUAGUGGUCCGGGUCUUUGUGAAUCAACUGUACCGUCCAGAUAUAGUCAGAGACAUUCAACAGAACCCAGAUUUGCAAGCUAUCCGUAUAGCUUCGGUAAAUCCCAUCUUGGAUCCUUGGGUCUACAUUCUGCUGCGCAAGACAGUCUUGAGCAAAGCCAUUGAGAAGGUCAAGUGUCUUUUCUGCCGCAUUGGUGGGGCCCGGCGGCAGCACUCAGGUAACAAUUGCAACUGGGCUGAUGGUCGACGGACUUCUGUCACAGCCAGCCAUUUACCUUCCUUCAUCUCCCGAGAGCUGAGGGAGAUUAGUAGCACUUCACAGACUCUACUCUACCCGCUGGAGCCAAGUGAAAGGACGGUCGGCGACCGAAUGCUGUUACCAGGAACCAGCAGCUGUCUGGCUCAGUCAGAUACUACAUCUAUAAGGACCUUAAGGAGUUCAAACACCUCAGAGUCCUCUCACGGGCAAGAGUGUGAGAAUACCUUUUUGGUGAGUGAACUAAAGCCUAGCAGUAAUAGCACUGCUAAAGGCAGCGCCCUUCAAGUCACUUUUCCCAGCGAAACUCUGGACUUGUCGGAGAAGUGUAUCUAAACAGUAGAAAGAAGUUAAAAAGAGACAAUUUGGUCCUUGAAGUCAAGCAGAGAGGAACUGACACCACAGACAUAUCCAAUGCCCAUCUUUGCCAUCCAUUCCGUUGACCCAAGGCAUAUACCUGAAGCUUAUCUGGAUUUCCUUGUCCUAAGAUUGAGAGUGAAAUAGCCAUUUAGGGCAAGAUGGCCUUGGAAAUGUGCAUCCGGCAGGAAUCCAUGCGAGACGUUGAGCUAGACGCCAUCAGAGUUUAAGCAUCUUGAUUUGCACCUCCCUCAACAUUGGUUCCGAGAUGCAGCUGCUGGAUCUUUCCUGUUAUGUGAUAAGCACAGGUUUCAGCAGGGAUCUAUUACCGCCAGAGACUCAUCCUCUGCCAUCAAACCCUGCCAAAGCAACAAAGGAAUGUAAUGGUGUCUGAAGCACAGGAUGCUGCUUGUUGCCUUAUCAUGCCCUGGGACAUAGGACUGUUUUCACAGAGUUUGUGUUGUAAAAAGUCACCAAUCUUCUCCAUCUGUACAUGACUGAAGCAUACUUAUUCAGCUCCAACCUCCCUUCUUGGCUUCAUAAUUCAGAGAGAUUAAUUACAAGAUAGUUGCCAAUGGAGGAACAAACUGGUCCAGUUGUUAUGGGACUGAUAAAUCUAUUGUGUGAAAAAAAAAUGUGAAUUUUUCUGGCUGAAAUGUUGUGACUGACUGUAUUUAAGGAAUGUAUAUUCUUCUCUGUGAGAAGGUUAAUUAUUAAUACAAAGUAUAGAAAAAAAGUAAUAUGGUCAGAUCCUCCUUUCCUCUUAAUAUAUGUGGGUAAGAUAAAUUUUGCAUUGGAUUUUUCAAAUUUGCAGACUCAAGAGGCCAGACUAGAGCUGAUUGAUGAGACAAGAGCUGAGGAAUCUGGAAUUUCACGGGAAGACGUUUUGAUGCCACCAUAGGAAUAAUAAAAGCUUUUGUGUUUUUAAAA